CCUUAGGUUAGAUGAGAAGUCAAAAUUGUCCAUAUCCAUCGUCAAAAUCACCAAUUUGGUUUUGAAUUUCUUUCUUUGUUAUUUUCUAUAUUUCUUUAUGGUUGGUCCCGUUCAGAUAUUCACAAUCAAGAAACACUGAAUUCUCUCAAGAGUAUUGUGAAGAAAUCUGAUGGAGUCUCCGUUGAAGCUAUACUCCUUCUGGGGAAGCACUUGUGCUCAACGAGUUCRAAUUGCACUCAACUUGAAAGGGCUGAAUUUUGAGUACAAAGCUGUUGACAUAAUGAAGGGAGAGCAUUCCAGUCCUGAGUAUCUCAAGCUCAAUCCUGUCGGUUUUGUACCUACUCUCGUGGAUGGGAAUAUCGUCAUUGCCGACUCUUUUGCUAUCAUAAUGUAUUUGGAGGAAAAGUUUCCAGAACAUCCUCUAUUGCCUCAGGAUCUUCAUAAAAGGGCUAUUAAUUAUCAGGCUGCAAAUAUUGUCUCUUCGAGCAUACAACCUCUCCAAAAUCUUGUUGUUGAGAAAUACAUCGAGGAAAAAUCAGGUCCUGAGGAGAAACUUUCCUGGGUUCAUCACGUCAUUGGAAAAGGCUUUUCAGCACUUGAAAAGUUGCUAACAGAUCAUGCAGGAAAAUUUGCAACUGGAGAUGAAAUUUAUCUGGCAGACUUGUUUUUGGCUCCUCAGCUUUAUCGAGCCAUUGAAACAUUCAAUGUUGACAUGUCGAAAUUUCCACUUUUAUUGAGGUUGAAUGAGGAAUAUGAUAAGGUACCAGCAUUUCAAGAUGCAUCACCAUUGAAGCAGCCUGAUGCUCCUUCUCAAAGCUCUACCUAAAUUUAGUGAUGGAUUGUAUCUGUUUGUAGUGUGAUUUCCAUUUUCCAUUUCAGACAGUUUUUACAUAUUUUGGUUUUUGUGGACUUGGAGCAGAUCUGAUGAUGUAAUAGCAAAAAAUAAAGACAGCAGACACAGUGUGAACUACUGUACUCAAAGAAAUAAGAGAAGUUUUUCCUCAA